CCUCCUUCCGCCCCCGCGCGCGCCCCCGGGCCCCCACACCCUAAUCUACCUCUACUUUUCCCGCACUGAUUCGCUCUUCUGUUCUUUCUUUUUCCUCCUUUUUCUUCGGCCCCUUCCUGCUUCUUGGGCCGCUUUGCGUAGCUCUGGUUCUUCCUCCGUCUUUGCAUGCACCCAGAGAUGUCUCGACCGGGCGACGAAGAUCUCCUUCGGCAGCUGCAGGAAACCCUAGAUUCCGAUCCCGAUAAUCCGUCGCACCAUUAUAACAUCGGCCUCUUCUUGUGGAAAAAGGGCGAAGCAGUAGAUGAUCAAGCUGACCAAUCGAAGCAAUUAAGGGAGAGAGCAGCCGAGCAUUUUUUGGCCUCUGCGAAGCUGAACCCUAGUGACGGCGUCGCAUUCCGCUUUCUGGGGCAUUACUACAGCACGGUUUCCGUCGAUGCACAGAGGUCUGCAAAGUGCUACCAGAGGGCUGUCGCCCUUAAUCCCCAUGAUUCUGAAGCUGGCGAGGCGCUGUGUGAUCUGCUGGAUGGAGAAGGAAAGGAAAGCUUGGAGAUUGCGGUGUGUAGAGAAGCAUCUGAGAAGUCUCCCAGAGCUUUCUGGGCAUUCCAGAGAUUGGGAUACUUGCAGGUCCACCAGAGGAGAUGGUCUGAGGCAGUACAGAGCCUUCAGCAUGCUAUACGAGGAUUCCCGGCAUGUGCUGACUUGUGGGAAGCGCUUGGUCUUGCCUACCAUCGCUUGGGCAUGUUUACUGCAGCUGUUAAGUCGUAUGGGCGAGCCAUUGAGUUGGAGAACUCAAGAAUAUUUGCAUUGGUGGAGAGUGGGCAUAUUCAGCUAAUGCUUGGUUCUUUCAGAAAAGGAGUUGAACAAUUUCGAUGUGCUAUGGAACUUGCACCACACAAUAUAUCUGCACACCUUGGGCUUGCUUCUGGGCUGCUUGAUUGGUCAAAAGAUUGCAUUAAAUCUGGAGCAUUUGGUUGGGCAGCUGAUCUCUUACAAGAAGCAUCAGAAGCUGCAAAAGUCAGUACCUGUUUGUCUGGAAAUUUAUAUUCUGCUUGGAAGUUGCAUGGGGACAUCAAGAUUGCAUAUGCAAAAUGCUAUCCAUGGGGAACUGGAAGGAUUGGAUAUGAAAUAGAUGAGGAUCUCUUGAAAUCUUCCAUCAUCAGCUGGAAAAAAACAUGCUAUUCAGCUGCAAUUAGUGCUAAACACUCGUAUCAGCGGGCUUUACACUUGGCUCCAUGGCAGGCUAAUAUUUACACUGAUAUUGCAAUCUCUGUUGAUUUUAUUGGCUAUCUAGAAGAGAGAAACAACAAUGAUUUGGAAAUUUGGCAGCUACCUGAGAGGAUGGCCCUAGGUGGCUUGUUGCUUGAAGGAGUUAAUAAGGAGUUCUGGGUUUUGUUGGGAUGUCUGGCUAGCAGUGAUGCUCUGAAGCAACAUGCUUUGAUUAGAGCGUUGCAGUUGGAUGUGUCUCUUUCCUCAUCAUGGGCAUAUCUGGGAAUGCUCUAUAGAAACUCGGGAGAAAAGCAAUUGGCAUGUCAAGCAUUUGAUCGUGCAAGAAGCAUAGAUCCUUCUUUGGCAUUACCAUGGGCUGGCAUGUCAGCUAGUUAUCAGGAUGGGCUUUGCUCGACAAAUGAAGCUUUUGAAAGCUGUCUGUGGGCUGUGCAGACACUGCCUCUUGCUGAAUUUCAAGUUGGUCUUUGUGCACUUGCAGUUCUUUCUGGUCAUCUGUCAUCCCCGCUGGUAAUUGGAGCCAUAGGGCAGGCCGUUCAAAGGGCUCCGUACUUACCCGAGUCCCAUAAUUUACAUGGCUUAGUAUGUGAAUCACGGACUGAUUAUCAGUCUGCAAUUGUUGCUUAUCAGAAGGCACGAUGUGCUUUGAGAAUGUUUCCCAACUUCAAGAGUGAUCUUCAAUCUUCCUUCACUGAUGUAUCAGUUAACCUUGCUAGAUCACUUUGUAAGGCCGGACAUGCAAUUGAUGCUGCACAAGAGUGUGAAAAUUUGAAGAAAGAAGGAUUCCUUGAUAGUAAGGGCUUGCAAAUAUAUGCUGUUGCAUUGUGGAAACUUGGACAAUACAACUUAGCUCUUACUGUGGCGAGAAAGUUGGCUGAGAAUGUCUCAACCAUGAAACAGACAUGUGCAGCUGCUUCCCUUGGGUUGAUAUGCACACUAAUGUACAACAUUUCAGGAUAUGACUCUGUAGUUAGAACAAUUAGAAAAUUUCCAAGUGAGUUUUUGCAAAAUACAAGAAUGAGUCUCAUCGUCUGUGCAUUAAAUGCUUUAGACACAAAUAAACAACUGCAGUCGCUUCUGCCAACCAUUUCUCAAGCUGCUGCUUCUCAUGGUAUUGCCAUUGAAAUACAUUCCAUUACCGCUAUUAACAAAUUGAUAACUCAGGAGUCUCCUCAAACUGUAGCCAUUGACAGGGGAGUAGAUUACCUAAGAAAGGCCCUUCAUAUGUAUCCUAACAGUCUUUUAAUAAGAAGCCAUCUUGGUUUGCUUCUACUGUCUAGUGGAGAUUGGAUGGCUCUUCAGAAAGCAGCCAGGUGUGCUGUCAUUCCAACUGGUCACCGGCACCCUGUCAAGAAAGGAUUUAGACUACCAUAUGAAAUUCAUGGUGCUAUGGCAGUUGCUUGCGGUUCCAUCUGUUCCACCAACCCGAAGUCUUCUUUCCCUACCUGCAAUGAUGGGCUUAUGCAUGGAGCUAGACACUUGCACUUGCUUCAAAGAUGGUUGCAUCAAGAACCAUGGAACCAAAAUGCUCGUUACUUACUUGCUCUUAAUGUUUUCCAGAAAGCUCAUGAAGAGAACUUCCCCCAACAACUUUGCAUUAUUUCAAAACGGUUGGUUUUAGAUGCUCUCUCUACAGAAGAGUUUCUGGGGGACAAUAAGCUAUCUCAGUCUCGGAGUCUCCUACUCCUCUGUGCAUCAGAAAUAAGUUUGCAGAGUGGUGACUCUGUUGGAUGCAUACAUCAUGCAUCUAAUGCAUUAGGUCUUCUUCCUACCAAUAGUGAUAUGUUUUUUGCACACUUGCAAUUAUGCCGUGGAUAUGCAGUGCAGGAGGACUAUUCAAACCUUAGGAAUGAGUACACCAAGUGCUUGCAGAUGAAGACCAUUCAUCCGAUUUGUUGGAUAUUACUAAAAUAUUUUGAAUCUAGAUACAGUUUGCAGAAUAAUUUGGACAUAAUACAUACCAACUUUCAGGCAUGUGCAGCCAGGAAAGGAAGUUCCUCCAACAAUUGGUCUGCUAACUUUGAAUUAGUUUGUGCUCAAUGUUAUUUGUGGGAUCAGGACUACUUCCACGCAGAGCAAACCUUGGCACGUGCUUGUGUAGCAAAUAUGGACAGCUGCCUUCUACUUUGUCAUGGUGCCAUCUGUAUGGAACUUGUUAGGCAGCAGGCAGGUCUUCAGUUUCUGUCUCGUGCAAUUAGCAGCCUGACAAAAGCUCAGAAGUGUUCGCCUAUGUUCUUGCCCAUUGUUUCACUGUUGUUGGCUCAAGCAGAAGCAAGCCUUGGAGCAAAAGCCAAGUGGGAGAAGAACCUUAGCCUUGAAUGGUUUGCCUGGCCAGCAGAAAGGAGGCCAGCUGAGUUGUAUUUCCAAAUGCACUUGCUUGCAAGUCAAUCCAGUACAGUCUCCAACCAAGAUUCUGGCGUAGGGUCGACUCAAAGCCCAGAGAGGUGGAUACUACGAGCCAUACAUUUGAACCCCUCAUGUUUGAGAUACUGGAGAAUACUUCACAAGUGUUACAGCUAGGUAAUUGACUUGCUUAUCCAGACAUGUGCUUCGUGGUUGUAUCAGCUGGCUUUAGCCUCGUUCAUUUUAGUGGUUAAUAUUUCGAAUCUGAUGAUCACUGUCCAACAAAAUUCGUGUACUUCUUUUAUGUGUAAUCCGAUGAGAAUGUGUAUUGCAAAGUGGCAAGCACUUGUUCUUGA